UUUGUUUCCCCUUUUUCUGUAUAAGAUAUUAUUUCCAUACUACAUCAAGAAUCAAGGGAUGAAGUUAAUGAGAUUUUCUGCAACAAUAUCAGGCACUGUAUCGUCAAAGCCUGUUAAAAAUAAUUGCUCAGAACCUGAUCAUUGUGAUAAUUCUGAAGAUCAUAGGCAGGAGGCUCAAGAAUUAAUUCCAUCUCUCGAUUGGUUACAUGUGAGUGAUGAGACCAACCCCCAAGUCCAAGAGAUUCCAUCUCUCCACAAUUCUGAACAAGUGGAAGAAGGUAAUGGAUCGUGGACUUGUGAGGAAGACUCGUGGCAAAUUGUGAAUAUUCCAAGUUCUAGCAUAAACGAAGAAUAUAAACCGCAUUUGAAGAGGGGCUGAGCUGGAGUGAUAAAU